AUGUCAAAGAAGACAGUUGAUUCUGUUCCGGCUGAAGACGAUUUCACUGACAUACAACACUCAGAUACGAACACAACACUAGAGCGAGAAGCGAAGAGAGAAGACAGACGAGAACUGGCUCCGUGCCGGUUGGGCCUCGACCCGGCGCAAGACUGGGGAGCAGAACCCCCUUCCCAGCUCUCCCUAACCUACCGUAGGCAACGCUCGCUUCACCCUCGUCAACACCGUCCCAAAAACUGGACACCUUUGUCUAGGGGCAUAUCUUAG